GCAAUUGCGCAGCAUUGUACACUGCUGUUACCAAAAACAGGCGAAUAAUAGAAGCUACUCUUCUACUCGCUCGUCACCUUCGUUCGAGGAUCGAGCUCGAGCCAGCAGCUUUAUUGCCUGCCGUGCUGUCCCCGGCCGCCAUGAAUACCAAGGGCAAGAGUGACCGCGGCGGGGAGGAGGGCGUCCUCGACCUCAACCUCUCCCUGCAGCGGACCCUGGUGGCGCCCGAGCCGGAGCCGCUGAUGGGUUACUUCGUCUGCACCUACUGCGACAAGAAAUUCUACUCCUCGCAGGCACUCGGCGGCCACCAGAACGCCCACAAGUUGGAGCGCAGCGUGGCCAAGCGCGCCCGCGAGCUGGCCGCCGCUCGCCGUGCGGGCCAGGGCGGCGAGCGCGCCAGUGCUGCCGAGGAGGAGGCGAGGAUGGGCAUUGCGAGGACGACGGUCUCAUCACCAAGAUCCUCCUCGUCGUCGCACCAGAUCAGGAUGUCGCCGGUGGCAAGCUGGAAUAAUCUCACCGACGACAUCGACCUCACCUUGAAGCUAUGAUUGGCUGCGCGGGCGGCUGCUCGUCGGACUUUGAGGUUCUUGUCCCUGGGAUGCAUAGGACAUAUACGAGCAAUCACUGCCUUGAUCCCUCCGGUCAUUUGAGCUGAUCUCUUGUUAUAUUUUCGUCUGCUGAUGAUUAAGCCCCGAUCUGUGUUGAUGAAUUUCCUGGACCAUACUGCAUGCCUGCAUCGACUGAAGCUAGGCAGGUUCGUGGUUCUUGG